GUUCACAUUUGCCCUUGCCUACUUCAACUUUUUCCAUCGCCAACUUCAUCCUUUUUCAACGACAACUUUCUCGACGGCGGGGAUAACUAACUAGUUGGUUGUAGCUCGGACCUUGGGUCAUUUGUUCGCUACUCUAGCCUAUAUAAUUUAUUCUACUAGGGUAGUAAGAGACGAUGGCCGAAGUCGAGACGCGCCACCUAGGCGAACGAUCGCCGAACGAAGUUCCCGUUCCUCGCUCUCCCCGUCGCGAUCCCGAUCGUGGUCAACGUCGCGAUGGUGGUGACACGUAUAGACCUGCGCGCGACCGCGGCCGUCGCUCACCUCCCCGCCAACGUUCGCCACCUCGUCAGCGCACGCCGCCCAAGAUGCCUACCGAGGAGGAGAAGCAGGCGGCAGCAAAGGCCGAAUACCAGAAGCUUUUAAACAUGCGAUCGGGAGGAACGUAUAUCCCUCCUGCACGUCUGCGAGCGCUGCAGGCCCAGAUUACGGAUAAGACAAGCAAGGAAUAUCAGCGGAUGGCUUGGGAAGCGUUGAAAAAGAGUAUUAACGGCCUUAUCAAUAAGGUCAACGUCUCCAACAUCAAACAUAUCGUUCCGGAACUGUUCCAGGAGAAUUUGGUCAGGGGACGGGGACUCUUUUGCAGAAGCAUCAUGAAAGCGCAAGCGGCAAGUUUGCCAUUUACCCCGGUUCUGGCAGCCAUGGCGGCUAUCGUCAACACGAAGUUACCGCAGGUUGGUGAGCUGCUUGUUAAGAGACUGGUCGUACAAUUCAGGAAAGCGUUCAAGCGGAAUGAUAAGGCGGUGUGCUUGUCAUCGACUACGUUCAUUGCGCAUCUAGUCAACCAACAGGUUGUUCACGAGAUGUUGGCUGCUCAGAUGCUGAUCUUGCUGUUACAAAAACCGACGGAUGACAGCGUAGAAAUUGCGGUUGGUCUAACGAAGGAAGUGGGACAGCAUCUGGAAGACAUGAACCCGGCCAUUGCAGGUAUCGUCUUUGACCAAUUCAGAAAUAUCCUUCACGAGGCGGAUAUCGACAAGCGGGUGCAGUUCAUGAUUGAAGUUUUAUUCCAAGUACGGAAGGAUAAAUUUAAGGACAACCCUGCGAUCAAGGAGGAGCUGGAUUUAAUCGAGGAGGAAGACCAGAUUACACAUAAGAUGGAUCUAGGCGCGGACCUGGACGUCCAAGAUGGGCUCAACAUCUUCAAAUUUGAUCCAGAAUGGGAGGAAAAUGAAGCAGCUUAUAAGAGGCUACGAGCUGAGAUUCUUGGGGAGGGAAGCGACGAUGAUGAAGAUGACAAUGAUGAGGACGAGAGCUCCGAGGAAGAAGACGAGGAGCAGAAAGCCAUGGAGAUCAAGGAUCAGUCUAACACCGACCUUGUUAAUCUCCGUAAAACUAUCUACCUCACCAUUAUGAGCAGCAUGGACCCCGAAGAAUGUGUCCAUAAGCUCAUGAAGGUUAACCUACCAACUGGUCAGGAACCUGAGCUACCUUCUAUGGUGGUAGAAUGCUGUAGUCAGGAAAAGACGUAUUCAAAGUUUUUCGGCCUGAUUGGGGAAAGGUUUGCUAAGAUCAAUCGUCUAUGGUGCGACCUUUUUACCCAGAGCUUUGAAAAAUAUUAUGAAACAAUUCACCGGUACGAGACAAAUCGACUACGAAACAUUGCGAGAUUCUUUGGCCACAUGUUUGGUUCGGACGCUAUCGGCUGGCACGCUAUGUCUGUCAUACAUCUAAACGAAGAGGAGACGACCUCUGCUAGCAGAAUUUUCAUCAAGAUCCUAUUCCAAGAAAUCUCAGAAGAGCUCGGUAUGACGAAGUUACAGGCACGAAUGCGGGAGGAUAUGUUACAAGAAAGCUUUACGGGUCUGUUCCCACGCGACAAUCCCCGUAACGUACGAUUCUCGAUCAAUUACUUUACCAGUAUCGGUAUGGGCGCCCUGACGGAGGAGAUGAGAGAGUACUUGGCCAAUAUGCCGAAGCCAGCUCUUCCCGCACCUCCCGCCGUCGACAAUUCCGACUCAGAUUCCGUGUCUAGCUAUUCAUCAUAUACUGGUUCCUCCUAUUCGUCUAGGUCUAGAUCUCGUACACCGCCACGAAGGGCUCUUGAUAGAGGCCGAUCGAUAUCUCGAACACCGCCGAGACGAGCUAGAUCGGCAUCGUAUAGCAGGAGUAGGAGUCCAUCCCGCUCCCGAUCGCGUUCGUACAGUUCGUCUCGGAGCCCGUCUCCGCGGCGGACUAAAAAGAGAUAUUCUGGCUCCCCUAGUCCGCCUCGUGGUCGUCGUGACUCAAAUCAUUCGCGGUACAGAUCGGUAACCCCACUGCCGGCACGGGGAGCUGGUAGGCCUCGUUCGUAUAGCCGUAGCCGCGGCUCCACACGAUCUCGUUCAUACACACCUUCACGGAGCCGCAGCCCGCCUCCUCGCAAAGCAGCAGCGAGACCGCCGACAUUGAGUCGGAGUCCGCCACCGCGUAGGGCACCAGCGAGACGAGAUUCAUACUCGGCUAGUCCCCCUCCUCGUCGAGCACGCCGUGGCUCGAACUACUCCCGAUCUCGAUCCCCUCCUCCGCAGCGGGGCCGUUCCUCUAGAUCACCAUCAUCACCCCCGAGGCGACGUAGAAAUACCAGCUCUAUCAGCAGCGCUCCCAAGAAGAGGCCGCGAUACGAUAGCCGGUCACCUACCCCUGUCGAUAAAAAGAGAAGACGGUACAGCUACAGCCCUAGCAGAUCUCGGACAGGAUCGCCGCCGCCCCGCGCGAAGCAGGAUAGUAGGGUUAGAGGAUAGGUACUGCACAUGUUGAAGCGUUUCUGUCAAGGUGGGGAGUAUAGCGUAGGGUGGGUGUAAGGUAAUGAAGAAUGGACUACGGAAUCCAUAGCUGUGUUUCGCCGUUGCCUUUUUUGAACUUGCUCUUGCACUUGCGCCGGCUGGGUUUACUUCGAUGUAAAAUAUAUCACAGACUGGAGUUACCGCAGCAGUAGAUUAGAUAUCAAAGCAUUGGCCGUAAUUUUACAAGAAUGUCUCACCAGUUAAUGAUAUUGCUCCUAUAACAAC